GUGCGGAUCCUCACGCUACCCGCUGCAUCUCCGCCAUGGGGGUCCGCAAGAGGAAGGACCCGGAGGGCGAGGCGUCCCCGGCGGGCGCGGCCAAGCGGGCCCGCAAGGAAGAGUUCACCGGCGUGCGCUUUAAGGCGCAGCUCCGGGACCCGCAGGGCGCGGGAACUGCCUUGGAAGCCUUUGUGUCAGCUGCCAAGAAGCUUCCACGAGAAGAUGUGUACGACGUGGUGGAAGGCUACAUCAAGAUCUCCGUGGAGUGCACUGAGAUCUUCCAGCUCCUGAGCGGGGAGAAACGUCCUGAAAGCGAGAUGCUGCUGGUCUUCCAGGCGCUGGAGGCCAUCCUGCUGCGGACAGCCAGCGACCUGGCGCACCUGCACAUGGCGGGCACUGGCAUUGUGAAGAAACUGCUCAACAGCCACAUGAAGCUGCUCUGCGAGGCCCUGUAUGCCUCGGGCUACAGGAUGGCUCGCGCCUGCCUCAACCUACUGACUGCCAUGGUGGCCCAGGGGGCUGAAGCCGCCAGGGACGUCUCCAGCCUCUUUGAUUUGAACAAGAAGACCUUGUAUGGCCUGGUGACCAAGCGGGACACAAAGGGGGCACCUGACGUCCGGCAGGCCUAUAUCCAGUUUGCACUCUCCUUCCUCGUCACAGGCGACACCAGCACAGUGGUACAGGUGCUGGAGCUGAAAGAGUUUAUCCCCUGCAUCUUCAGCUCGGGCAUCAAGGAGGACAGGAUCUCCACCGUCAAUAUCUUGUUGUCCACACUGAAAACAAAGGUGGUCCAGAACAAGAGCAUCACCAAGACCCAGAAGGUACGCUUCUUCUCGGGGCAGCUGCUCAACCACAUCGCCUCCCUCUACAGCUGGAACGGGGUAGUCGACGUGCAGCUGGAAGGUGGCAAGGCGGCCGCAGCGGCCGAGGGGAAGCGCAUGGUGAGGGAGCUGGUGCACACCUUCCUCCUGGACCUCUGCUGCUCGCUCAAGCACGGCAUCAACUUCUACGACGCCACCCUGGGCACCUCUGGCAGAGGCGGCAACCUCACGCUCCUGCAUCUGCUGCUCGGUCUGAAGACGGCGCCGGCUGACGAGCUGGUGGCCGAGCUGGUGGUCAGUAUCCUGCGUGUGUGCCCCGACCUGCUCAACAAGUACUUCAAGGAGGUGACGUUCUCCUUCCUUCCGCGUGCCCAGGCCGCGUGGACCAACAACAUCCGGCUGCUGAGCAAGAUCUACGAGGCCCAGCCCGACAUCUCCCGCGCCUUCCAGACCCGCGAGUUCAUCCCGCUGCCCCGGCUGCUGGCCAUGGUGAUGGUGACCACAGCGCCACUGGUGUGCAACAAGACCAUGUUCACCCAGGCCCUCAACCUGGACAGCAGGGCGGUGAAGCACACAGCCUUGUCCCUGCUGCUGGGGAUCCUGAGGCGUGCCCUGAAGACGGUGGAGUUCUGCCAGAGCAGUGAGGGCUGGCCGGCGUCUGGCCUCUACUCGGCCUCCAUGAUGGAUGACUUCGUGCGCCUCUUCCGGGAAGCCCUGAGCAAGAUUUUUCCAGAUCUCAACACUAUUGUGUGGGUCUGGCAGUCACUGGUGAAGCAUGAGGCGAAACAGGACGACCAGCGGGAAAAGCAAAAGGGCGAGCAGGGUGCGGGCCCAGGUGUGGCUCCCCAGCACGAUGACGCCGAGACCAUCCUCCUGAAAGCCGCCCUGCUCCAGGUCAUCUGCCUGUACCAGAAGGUGGUCCCACACUUGGUGAUUCAGUACAACUUUGACUUCAGCAAGCUCCUCCGAGGCAUCAUCUCUGAGCAGGGUGUCCGAGCGGAGGUACCACCUGUCCUACAGCACCAUAUCCUGCAGGUGGCGCUCGAGCUGCCGGCCAGCAAGUUCUUGUGGCUGAAGGGCCAGGAAGGCCCUGAGGCCGAGAUCAUCGGGGGAGACCGCUCUGUCUUCUACUUGCUUAUGAAGAUGUUCAUCACCAGCGCCCAUGCGCAGCUGAAAGCGUCCACCAAGCUGCUGAUUAUCAAGAUCCUGCGGGACACGGGGGUGUUCGAGCACACGUGGAAGGAGCUGGAGCUGUGGCUGGAGCACCUGGAUGCCACGGCGGCCGAGCGAAGAGAAGCCGUCAUCCAGUUCCUGGAGCGGGUGCUGCUGACCGUGGUGGCGAGUCCCUUCGUGUACACGGACAAAGUGUCCGACUUCGUGCAGGAAGCCAGCACGCUGCAGGCCUCACUGAGCAGGCAGGGCGCCGACGAUGACGUGAGCCUGCCCAUCUCCCACAUUGACGAUGUCCUGGACAUGGUGGACGUCCUGGUGGAGGGCAGCGAGGGGCUGGAUGAGGAGAUUGGCUUCGCGCUCACGGAGGAUAUGGCCCAGGUCACCUUUCCCUUCAGCGCCGUGGUCCCCGCUGCCCUGCAAGCCCGGAACAAGCUCAUCAUUGGGGCCGACAAGGAAGCAGGAGAGAGCGUCGUGACCUACCUGACCGCUGUGCUCACCGACCUGCUGCAUAGCCAGCGCGACCCCCUGGCACUGUGCCUGCUGCUGCAGGCCUACGACCAGCUGGACGCCCCCCUGCCGCCCUGCUGCUGCCCGCAGCUGCCCCGCUUCUGCCGCUACUACAGCCUGUGGGUCCCAGAGGCCAACCGUGCACCUGCGCUGACUCCUACGCCCGAGACCUCUGGCCCCGAGGACCCAUCGGCUACCUCCUUCCCCGCCCUGCUGCAGGCGGCCUAUGAGCGGAAGGGGGCGUUGUUGGACACAGAGGUGCAGGCACAGCUGCGGGCUGCCCUCCCUGGCCUCCCCCUGCACCGGGGCCCACUCGCUGCCCGCCACCUGCUACUCUACGUCCGGAGCACAGUGGACAAUUUUGGCCAACUGGGCAAGACCGUGGGGCCCCCGCAGCUGCAGCUGCUCCUGGACCUCCUCCGGGACCUGGUGGUCCAUUGCACCCAGCUGGAUGCCCAGAGGCAGGAGGAGUGUGUGACUGCCCAGGCCGACGCCGACACCGACCUCUUCCUGGACAUGGAGGCUAUGGCCUCACUGGAGCGGGCCGGUGACAAGACGCUGGAGGAGAUGCUCUCGGCUGUGCUCCGCCACCCAACGCUGGAGGGCUGGUACCUGGCGCUGGAGCAGCAGGCCCUGCCGCCCCACGCCCUCGGCCCGGUCCUGGUCAAGCUGCUGGCGGCCCGGCUAAGCGCGGGAGUCCUGCCACUGCUGCUGGCCAGCGCGCCCGUCCUGCAGCGCACCGGGCAGCUGGGGCUGCUGGACGCGUACUCGGCGGCCAUCGUGCGGAGCGUGCGGGCAGAGCUGCAGCGCGGGCGGGCGCCCCCCGAGACCCUGCCGCAGCUGGAGGCCCUGCGGGCGCUGCACCCAUUCCUGGGCGACGGCCCAAUGCACGAGCUCACCCUGGCCCUGCUCGACCUGCCCGAGGCCCAGCUGCUGGCCCCGGCCGACCCGGCGCGACCUGGGCCCCGGCGGCCACUGAACGCGCUGGGCCGGUGCCUGGUGCUGCUCCUGGCGCGCGGCCCCAGGAGCCCGCUGCCCUGGGCCGCCCAGCACGCCCGUGGCCUGGGCACCCUGCUGCCCAGCCUGGCCGCCGCUGAGCUGGACGCCGCGCUCCUGCACGCACUGCAGGACCGGCCGGAGCUGGUGCCCGCCGCCGGGCCGGGCCUCCUAGCCGCCUGCCUGGCACGCCCCUCACCGGCCACUCUGGGCCUGGCAGAGCUGCUCCUGCGCCGCAGCGCGACCCACCAGCUGAGCUUCGAGCGCUGGUGCGGGCGGGAGGACGUGGGCCCCAUCCUGCGGGAGCAGCUGGAUGACUUCCUGCCCCUGGUGCACGCCUACCUGCAAAGCAGCGCCAGCGACCCCAGCACCAGGCCACGGGCAGCGCCUGCUGCCGCCAUCUCCGUCCUGAGGAAGGCGCUGUGGAGACGCCUGCAGGCCGGGCUGCUGGGCCCCGACGCAGAUCCCGAGGCCCCCCCGCUGCACUGGGAGGUCCUGGCCCAGCUGGUCCCUUUUGCACGGGCCAAGAACCUCGCGGGCCUCAUGGACCGUCUGCCUGAUAUGCUUCAGACCCCUGGCAGCCUCAGGAGCUGGGACCUGGCAGACUCCAUCUCGGCCGCCCUGGCCGAGUCGGCCGAAGAGCUGCAGGCCUGGAAGACAACGCAGCUGGCGGCCUGUGUCCGGUGGCUGGCGGCCUCCUUCGGCACAGGCCCGCUUGAACAGGAUUCUGACAGCACCCGGGAUCGUGAGACGGCGAUGCUGCGAAGGUUCACCAAGCUGCUGGACGCGAGGCCCGAGGUGGAGCCUGGGGACUGGCAGGCAUUGGUGAAGACCGGGCUCAAGUUCCGCUAUCAGGAAGGCGCCUUCCUGCGGGCGCUGCACACAGCCCUGCCCCUCCUGUACCCUCUGGGGGGCCCUGCCCGUGACCCACCACUGCUGCCGCUGCCCCGGCUGCACGCGAUGGUCACCCAGCACUCCCUGUUCCUGCCCACCCUGCUGGAGGAUGCUGAUGGGGACGUCAAGGAAGCACUGGUGGACCUGAUGCGGGCGCUGGUGAGGCUCUGUCCAUCCGUCUGUGAGAGCAGCCACUUCGCCGUGCUCCUCGGGGCCUAUGGCGCCUCGCUCAGCGCCCUGGACCAGAAGAUCCUGUUGCUCCUUCGCGCCUACGAGCAGAACCACCUCAGCCUCAUCAGCUUCCGGGUGCUGCUGUGGGGUCCGGCGGCCGUGGACCAUCACAAGACGUGCCGGAGCCUGGGCAAGUCACUGUGGCAGGAGCCGAGCGUUGGGGACGUGCUGCGCCUGCUGGACCCCGACCGGAUGAUGGCCACCAUCCUGCACUUCCCCCAGAACCGGCGGCUGCUGUCCCCCGAGGACACGCAGGACCCUGUGUUCCGAGACAAGAGCAUGCCUGAGCUGGACGGCCUCUACGACCCCUGCUUCCUCCUCCACCUCUUCAGCGAGCUCACCCGGCCAGAGUUCGUGGUGGAUUGUCGCAAGUUCCUGGACUCCAACGCCCUGGGCCUCACGGUGGCGGCCCUCAGCAGCUACGACACACAGAUGCGCGCGGCCGCCUACUCCGUGCUGGCGGCCUAUUACUCCCAUGUGGAGGGGGCGCGAUUCCGCGAGAAGGCCCAGGUGCUGUACCUGCUGGACGUGGUCCGCAGCGGGAUCCGGAAACCAAACAUGCGGCUCACUUUCACCCUGGUGCUCUUCAUCGCCAAAGCUGCCCGCCAGGUCCUGAAGCCAGAGGAGCACAUGUACAUGAAGCUCGCCAAGUUCCUGCUGUCGCACCAGUUCCUGCACAUGGGCAAGAUCCCUGGCUUCUUCCAGUUCUUCUACAGCUCCGACUUCGAGCAAAAGGUCGAGCGGGAGUGGAUGCUGGAGCUACUGCGCCAGGGCCUGCGGGACAGACACUGCUACGAUCUCUACGCACGCCGCGGGGUCCUGCGCAUCCUGCUGGCCUUCUUCAACAGCCCCCUCUGCGACCCCGCCGCCCAGAUUUGGAUCCUAGAAAUCCUACAGAACGCCGCGCAGACCCCCAAGCCAGCCUAUGAGGUCCUGCGAGACUACAGCCUCCUGACGUGGAUCCUGCACAUCCUGGAGAGCCCGUUCCUGGAGACCCCGCUGCUGGCCGGCCUCAUCUCCCUGCUGCAGGCACUGUGGGAGACCAACCUGGGGAAUAAAGGUGGGGCCGUGAAGGACCCUCAGCAGCCCCCCAAACACCUCCCCCUGCAGCUGGUCAGCGAGUUCCUGUUUGUGCUCACAGCGCUCACCAGGCACCUGCGGCCAGCCUUGACCGCCGCCCAGCUGACGGCCUUCCUUGGGACGCUGGAGUCGGUGCUGCGGUACCGAGCCACGGUGCUGCAGGCCUUCCGGGAGCUGGGCCGCUUCACUGUGGCCGAGGCGGCGCUGACCACGGGGGACGUGAUGUUGCUGCUGCAGCGCUGGGCUCUGCUGGGCCGGGACACCGGGCUGCAGGAGGCCCUGAGGGCCGCCACUGAGAGGCUGCCCCCCGGCCGGCUGCUGAAAAUGCUCAGGGACAUGAACAAGCCUUCUGGCCCAGCCCGCGCCAGGGGCCCACGGGGCCGGAGACGGCGGCCAGGGAACGAGGAGGCGGUGGCUGCACCCGAGUUGCCGGUGACGGGCGUAGGAGCAUGCCAGGGCCUCCUGCGGGCCAUCCUCACGCACUGGACCCCUGCGUUCCCGGGGCCCGAGCCCAUGGACGGGGCCACCCCUGAAUGCAUCACUGCCGCCCUGGCGGCCAGCUGGGCACUGCGCUCAAUGGCCGGGUGCCCGCCAGACGCCGCCGAGGCCGCCAGGCUCCUGGGCUGGCUAGAGACACACAUUCUGCCGCAGCCAGCCGUGGUGGCACAGCUCCUCGAGGAUGGCGCCGCUGACACCGGCCUCUUCGGCCUGUACACACAGCUAAGUGGAGCCGAGGCGUGGGCCGGGCCCUCCGGCAGCGUGGCCCGCCAGUUCAACGCCAUCAUGCUGCGCCUGCUGGCCACCCGGGGCCUGGCCGGGAACCCCGUCCACACGGCCGUCGAGGGUCUCUGCCAGUCCUCCCUGGACGACGGGGAGGAGGCGGUCACACGAGCCACUGCCGCCUUCCUGGUGUCCCUUUACAUCAAGGACAUGUGGCUGGGUGCCCCUCGGCCCGACACGCUCCUGGCCCACGUCCGGAUGGUGUGCGAUGCCGCCAUCACCACAGGAGAGGAAGAGGAGGGGGAUGAAGAGGAGCCCGUCGUGAAGCUCUGCAGGGCCCUCCAGGCCUCGAUCCCAGACCCCUGAUACCCCGCCGGCCACCCCAGGCUCCCCCCAGUACCAGGAGCUGCAGUCGAGUUUCCAUGAAACUUCCCUUGCAUGGGGCCAGGCUCUGGGGCAGCCUGAAGGACCAGCUAGACCCACUGGAGCGGACAGCAGUGGGUGCUUAGGGCCCCAAGAGGCCACGCCACAAACCCUGCACACAUGCACUCUACCCCACGUGACCCGCAGGCAGGGGCCUGCUCCCAGGGGCGCCUCCAUCCGCAAAGGAAACGCCUCACGGAGAGUGAACACAGCAGCAUCGAAGAUUAUUUCUCACGGAAACCCAAGGAGAGACGCCACAUUUUUUCUUUCUGCUGAGACCCCCUAAGUCGGAUGGACCUUUUCUUUCUUUUUUUUUUUUUAAUAAUAACGAACAUCUCAGAGCAUAUUAAAUCAGAGUGAUUAGAUGUAAAUGCUGCAUUUCAUCCUCGAAGGGUAAAAGUGAGGGGGGGUGGUCACGUGGCAUGAGGCAUGACCCCAGAGGCAGCAUAGGGGGGCCCGGCCCCAGAGUCUGAGUGAGUUCCCCCAUGAAAGAGGGACCCUCAGCAAAUACCGCAUCCCACCCCCAUGUCCAACCCAACCCCCCGCAUCACUGCAACAGAAAAGAGCGAAGGCAAGAGGGGGGAGAAAGGAAGAUGAAGAAGCCCCUGUCUGAGUAAUAUUCAAAAAUGUUUGAGCUUGGCUCGGGAAAUUCAGCCUGAACCUUUCUUUUUAAUCAAAGCUACAAGCUGUGCAUUGCUCCAGAGGAACAGCCCCUGGCUGAGAGCCCCUACCUGGCCAGCAGAUGGUCAGGAGUUUGAUCCCUGGGGCCACUAUGUGCACUGAGCACGAGAUCACGGCAGCUCCAUA